AAAAAAAGUCCUAUGGAAAUGUCAUCAAAAAGAGCUGUCGGUCGAUUUAGAGAGGUUGUUCCAAUUGCUGCAGAAAAACGAAGAGAUCCGCGUUUUGAUAAAAUGUCAGGACAAUUCAACCAGGAGUUGUUUGAAAAGUCGUAUGAUUUCUUGGAUGAUUAUAAACAAAACGAACAAGCGAUGCUCCGAGAUAGAAUUAAGAAGGAAAAGGAUCCAGAUACUCGUGCUGAACUAGAGAGUGCAUUAAUUAGAAUGGUAAGCACAUCUCGUGAAUACUCUGCGAAAGAGGCCAAGAGAAAGCAGUUGCUGGCACGUGAGCGAAAGAAGGUUGAGGCUGAAUUGGUUGAACAGGGUAAAACCCCUUUUUACCUCAAGCGCUCCGAAAAGAGAAAGCUGGACCUUGUCGACAGAUACAACAAAUUGGGCAAAAAGAAUAUGGACAAGAUUCUCGAGAAGCGACGCAAGAGAAAUGCUACCAAAGACCAUCGUCGCGUGCCAUUCAGCAGGCGAUCAGAAUAA